CAACUCGGUGAAAUAAAUACAGGACAAAUAAACAGGACAACCAUAGCAAGCGAAGAAGCAUUAUCGACAAAAAUUAGGUAAUCCAAGGUCUAAGCAAUCUAUUACAUACAGUAAUCGGCAAGAAUGUAACAAUAGGUAGUAUCUACAUACAUCAUUUUAUCUGCAAAUGGACAGGCGAUCGAGUAUUAAAUUUAAAUGUUUAUAUACACUGGGUAUCUCACGGAUACGUCAAUCUAGAUUUACAUUAUUAUCAUUAUUAUUCUUAUUAUUAUUAUUAACGAUUUUUUAACAAUAUUCAAAUUAAGAUAUUUGGAGUAUAGUAAUUAGAUGAUUCGAGCAACCGAGCCACCCCGUAUGUACAUAUGCGUACAAAGUAUCGCCGGUAUUGCUAUCGUUUAUCGGUAAUUACAGCGCUAUCGGAAAACAGCGAAGGUCGGAUGGCUUUUUCCGAAGAAUUUGAACUCACCGUUUCUACAUAUUGUAAGUUGGAACGUUUCCGACUUCGCCUAGUAAACGAGGAUAUUUGUUAUCGAAAGCGCAACCGGAGCUGCCUACCGAAGAAUGGUGUUUAUUAAUUAACACGGUCGCGUUAACACUUGCGUGCAACAGCGGAGACAUCGCACUCGAAUCGAACGGAACAAGAGCGCGUAAAUAUAUAUUCGAUUCGAAUCGAAUGCAGGACAGAAAUUCUCGUUCGUUCUCGUGUUUUGAAAAUCGUGCGCCCACGCUCGUCGACACACGUCGUCGCACCGGGAGAAGAACGUGGAGAACAGAGGAACGUUAUCGGUCGAUCAAUCGGCAUUUCAAACAACGGCCGUAUUUACUAAUCAAACAAAUGGGAGCUAGAUCGACUUCCGAAAUACGACCUUCCUAUUGAUCGUUGGUGCCGGGCGACUGUGCUCCCUCAAAUUCUUAUUGAAGCGCAGUGCGCACGGUUCGCGCGAUUUUCUAUCCUGUUCGUUUUUUAUCUUGUGUCGUAAUACAGUUGCUCGUGAUAGCGUAAACACUCGUUUUCGCGUUUAUGCCAUCGGCAUUUUCGCCGUGUCGAUCACUCGACGUUUGUAAAUCGCGGACGUUCCACCGAAGAACAAGAUGAUAUUUUCGACUUUCUAUAAAACAUAUUUUAACCGGUCGUAAAUGCGUCGAGUUGCUUUUUGAUGCACUUUCCGAGAUACGUUCGCGAUUGUAAACGAAAACACGUAGCGCGCGUUCAGAUCUCCGAAAACUAUGUACGCGAAACCGGUUCGCAAGAUGCAGCAAUUCUACUCCGCUUGGAAGUACAAACUGCUGACUCCUACACGAAACUUCGGGGAUGACGACGACGAGGACGCCGGAUUCGAGGGCACGACGCAUUUGGUCCGCGUGCCCCGCUCCCACGGAGCCGCGGAUUCCUCGAAUACCGCCACGGUCAGGAUUAAUAUCGAGGGCAUGCGAUGUCAGAGCUGCGUGAGGAACAUCGAGGCAACGGUAGGCGGCAGACCCGAGGUCCUGAAGAUAAGGGUGGUGCUGGGGGAGAAGGCCGGGUACAUCGAUUACAAGCCCGACGAGAUCACUGCCGCCGACCUGGUCCAAGCUGUAGAGGAUAUGGGGUUCGUUGCAUCCCUCGGCAACGAUCGGACCAACCCUUUGGACCAGUCCAAAGCUGACAACGAGCCGGAACCUUCGGUCAACGUGUGCAACAUACACGUCGAUGGCAUGACUUGUAUGUCCUGCGUGAAGACCAUCACGAGCGUCUUGUCGGAACAGCCCGGGAUAAGCGAAGCGAACGUCAGUUUGGAGAACAAAGAAGCAAAGGUGGUCUACAAUGGGAAGGAUCUAACAGCGGAGAAAAUAGCGGAGAGAAUAGAACAAAUGGGCUUCGACGCAUUCGUGAAGGAGGUGAACGGCAAGAUUCGCGCCACGGCGACGGACGCAACGUCGAAGAACAAUAACGUGGCGAACGGAGAUGUUCCGCCGGUAAUGAACGGUGCCGGAGACAUAAAAGUUCAGCCGCAACUGGCGAAAUGUUGUCUGCACAUAACGGGAAUGACCUGCGCUUCCUGUGUUGCUGCCAUAGAGAAACACUGUAAAAAAUUGUACGGCGUAAACAGCAUCUUGGUGGCUUUGUUGGCUGCCAAGGCAGAGGUCGCGUUCGACCCGGAGAAAAUAAGGGCGGUGGAUAUUGCCUCCAGCAUAUCCGAGUUGGGCUUCCCUACAACCUUGAUCGAGGAACCGGGAUCUGGCGAGGGAGAGAUCGAAUUGAACAUUGCAGGCAUGACCUGUGCAUCUUGCGUGAAUAAAAUAGAAUCGACUGUAAAGAAACUGCCAGGCGUUCGUUCGGCUGCAGUUGCGUUGUCGACGCAACGUGGCAAGUUCAAGUACGACGCGGAUAAAACUGGUCUCAGGGAUAUCAUCGAAUGCAUCAACCAGAUAGGUUUCACAGCGACUGUAAUUAGUAAUAGAGAUAAAGAGAACAGAGACUAUUUGAACCACAGAGAAGAGAUAAACAAGUGGAGGUCUGCUUUCCUGGUAUCUUUAAUAUUCGGCAUACCGUGCAUGUUGGCCAUGACGUACUUUAUGGUGGUCAUGUCUGUCGGCGAGAAGACGCACGAGGACAUGUGCUGCGUGGUGCCGGGUCUUUCGUGGGAGAAUUUGAUUCUUUUUAUAUUUUCUACUCCGGUCCAGUUUUUCGGAGGCUGGCACUUCUACGUCCAAGCCUACAAAGUUCUGAAGCACGGUACGACGAACAUGGAUGUUCUAAUUUCUAUGACCACCACGAUAUCCUACCUGUAUUCGGUCGCCGUUCUCGCCGCUGCGAUGAUCAUGCAAGAGCACGUUAGUCCUCAAACGUUUUUCGACACUCCUCCGAUGUUGUUGGUCUUCAUCAGUUUAGGAAGAUGGUUGGAACACGUCGCGAAGGGCAAAACAUCCGAGGCAUUGUCAAAGUUGUUGUCCUUGAAAGCAACGGAUGCGGUGCUGGUUACCAUAGGUCCGAACAACGAAAUACUGUCGGAGCGUGUAAUUAGCGUAGAUCUGGUGCAGCGCGGAGACGUGUUGAAAGUAGUUCAAGGUGCCAAAGUCCCCGUCGACGGUCGAGUUCUCACGGGACACUCGACUUGCGACGAAAGUCUGAUCACCGGGGAAAGCAUGCCGGUGCCGAAGAAGAAGGGCUCGGUGGUGAUCGGUGGAUCGAUCAAUCAAAAUGGACCCUUGUUAGUCACCGCAACGCACACCGGCGAGCACACGACGCUCGCACAAAUCGUCCGUCUGGUCGAAGAGGCGCAAACCAAUAAAGCGCCUAUCCAGCACUUGGCCGAUAAGAUUGCGGGCUACUUCAUACCCAUGGUUAUCGCCGUCUCCAUAGUGACUCUAAUUAUUUGGAUAAUAGUAGGACAUGUAAAUAUAGAGAAAUUGCCGAUAUCGCACAACGAUCACAUCAACAAGCACGGCAUGAACAGGGAAGAGAUCAUAUUCCAGUACGCUUUUCGAAGCGCCCUAUCCGUGUUGGCGAUCGCCUGUCCGUGUGCGUUAGGUUUGGCCACACCGACCGCCGUUAUGGUCGGCACCGGGGUCGGAGCUCUCAACGGCAUACUGAUCAAGGGUGCCGAGGCUUUGGAGAACGCGCACAAAAUCAAAUGUAUUGUCUUCGAUAAAACCGGCACAAUUACGCACGGCAUGCCGAUGGUAACGAAAAUAGGUCUGUUCGUGGACGAGAAAGACUGUUCGCUGGCGAAAUUCCUAGUUAUCGUUUGCACAGCCGAGACUAACAGCGAGCAUCCGAUCGCAUCCGCAAUUGUCCGUUUCGUAAAAGAUACGAUCGGUUCCGAAUCGACUGGACAGUGUUCAAACUUUCAAACGGUUGCCGGUUGCGGCCUCAAAUGCAAGGUAUCCCACAUUUCGAACACGUUGUCCGAAGCUAUCAAAUCCGAGCAAAUCGUCAACUAUGUAAACCAUACGAAAAAAUUGUCUUCCGGAUCGUACAAUUUGAAUAGCGUGCCGAUCGACGUCGUGUCGAUUUCGAGCACAACCCAAGAGAGACGGAACUUGAACUUGGAAUUAUUAUUAAGCCCGGAUUCGCACGGUGACCAAGCCGAUAAGGAGGACCUGUACGAGAUCUGCAUCGGCAACAGGGAGUGGAUGCGGCGAAACGGUGUGAAUAUACCACAGGAGGUAGAAACGCGGAUGACUACCGAAGAAGAGUUAGGUCACACGGCAGUCUUGGCUGCAGUUAAUAAUGUUUUAGUGGCCAUGAUUAGCGUGGCCGACACGGUCAAGCCGGAAGCCCAUCUGGCGAUUUACACGCUGAAGAAAAUGGGCUUAGAGGUGAUACUUUUGACCGGCGAUAACAGGAAGACCGCUGCUUCUAUCGCCAGACAGGUUGGUAUCACCAGAGUCUUCGCAGAGGUGUUACCUUCGCAUAAGGUAGCAAAAAUUCAGCGACUGCAAGACCAAGGCUGGAGGGUUGCAAUGGUAGGAGACGGUGUUAACGAUAGUCCAGCUCUUGCACAAUCGGAUGUUGGCAUCGCAAUAGCUUCUGGCACGGAUGUUGCCGUAGAAGCUGCGGACGUGGUCCUCAUGAGGAACGAUCUUUUGGAUGUGAUCGCAUGCUUGGAUCUAUCGAGGAAAACGGUUUGUCGGAUAAGAUCGAACUUCUUGUUCGCCAGUGUUUACAAUUUAUUGGGGAUUCCAAUAGCAGCUGGGAUUUUCAGUUCUAUCGGAUUCUUUUUACAACCGUGGAUGUCUUCGGCAGCCAUGGCUUUAAGUUCCGUGUCCGUUGUUGGAAAUUCUUUAUUGCUAAAAUUGUAUCGUAAACCAACAAAGGCUACACUAGAAACUGCAGAAUAUUUGACAGCAAUGCGGGCCCAUUCCACUGCGAGAAUGCUCGACCUCGAUACAAUUUCCCUUCAUCGCGGUUUGGAUGAUUCAGUAAUGCCAAUUAUGCACAGGUCUGCCUCGACAUUGUCCAGACUGUUCAGAAGAUCUAAAGAUGACGUAGAGGGUCGACUUCUCGGUGACGAUGUAGACGAAAUUGAUUUAGCAACGGAUUUCUCUGGCUAUUGCAAAAACCCAAAGGAUCGUACAAACAUAACUCCUCUAUAACUCGUAAGAUACGGUUUUUUAAAUAUUUAACUUAUAUAUCCAAAUUUUCUUUGGCAAUAAUUUAUGGACUCACAUUUUUACAUAUACGGAGUGAAUUAAUAAGAACCGUUUCCUAAAAUAAUUCAUCUCCUUCUGAUUGUACCAAGAAAUAUUUUAAACAAAUUAUGCUAUAUUUUGUCACAUCAAGUGUAAUAUAAUUUAUUUGAAACGUUCCUUGCUAACAUUACGGAGAAAAAAGUUAUUUUCGAUA